AUGGUCAAGACUGACGAAAAGCUGAAGGUCGGGGUCAUCGGACCGGCCGGUUUCGGGGGCUCUUACUUGGUUGUCGAACUCAUUAACCGCGGGCAUCGUGUUGUCGGACUGUCUCGCAACCCACAGAAACUGGGUACUCAUGAGCUCUACGAGCCGCGGCCCAUCAACCUUGAAACAUCCACUGAAGGAGAACUGGCUGAGGCUAUCAGUGAUCUUGCGGUUGUGGUGUGCGAAUACGGGCCUCAUACAGCAGGUCACGAAGCCUUGCAGUACAGUAAUAUGGCAGUGCCGUUCAUCGAGAUGAUCCGAAAAAUCAUACUGGCCGUCAAACGCGCCAAAACAGGAUACUUCGUGAUGGUCGGUGGAACUGGCAGCUUGCAUGUGCCUCAUGAAGACGGCGUUUGCGUGGCGGAUAGCAAGGACUUUUUCUUGGCCUACCGCCGUGGGAUUGCGGACAGUCAUGCUCAUGUCACAUACAUGGAAGAGAGGCUUGGACCGAUAGGACAGGCCUUGAGAUUAUACCGCGACGCUCGUCUUCUCCUCAAAGAGGAUAGAGGAAGUACCAAUGAGAAAGAGGCAGCGCAUGAAACGAUAAAUGCCUACGAAGCUCAACUGAAAGCGCAACAAGACGCAUCGAGCAGCUUCAUCAAAGCUGCGCGAGCUAGUCUCAUGUUUUUCGAAGGCAAUACAUCCUUCGACUGGACGUAUGUAUCCCCGAGCGCACUAUAUCGUCCCGGCAGGCGUACAGGAAGAUACGAGAUCACUAUAAGCAAUUUGCCGCUGAAGGAUGGCCCUGAUGGGGACAGUCCUCUGGAUGGGAAGUUGCUGGGGAUUUCGGCAGCGGAUCUUGCCAUAGCCAUUUCCGACGAAGUCGAGUCACGAAAGCACAAGCAGCAGCAUUGGACAGCUACCGGGGACUUGACAGAUGACACCCCCGCUCCAUCGUAUUUGACAUUGAAUUGA